AUGUCAACUCCAACCACGCCGACAAGAUCGAAGAGGGAUAUCCCUGAUUCGAGCCCAACGACACGUAUUCAACAUUCAUUAUUCGAUGGCCUGACUGGCAUGAUAGCCGCGAUAGAGGAUACGGAACCAAUCGAACCUGUCAAGGAAACUCUGGAGAAGAUGAAAGACAGCCAUCAUCGAAUCGGACCAGCCAACCCCCUCCAAGGAAGCCAAACUUCGAUCGAAUGUCACGCAGGCUUCACAGCUAGCUGGGAUGCGGCGCAUCUUUGGCAACCACCAGAGGGACCCGAGGUGCAUCUUUCUGCUAGUACUAUGACUAUCCUGAGAAGAAUGCAUGACGCCAAAUUCUGGAGAAGAGAUUCUUCAGAAACUCUUUCUCGAACCCUCAUUAACCUCGUGCUUUUCGACCGGUUAGAGGCUCAUCAAGAAGAACUCGCUGCCAAGCAGAUAUCGAUACGAGGAGGAUACCCAGUGGAGACUCGAGUCCCUAAUGGAAAAGAAAUAAUCACCGGCAAUGCUGACUAUGCAUUGGGAUAUGGUUCCUUUCUUGAUGACCCAUUCGAAUGUAUCUGUGUUAUUAUUCAGGUGAAGGACCUUAAUGUCUCCCGUGGAUCUACUGGGAUUUCCCAAGCUGUUACCUAUAUGAUGGGGUUGCAACAGCAGUGCAUGUCUCGGAAGAAUCCGAAGACUGUUGACACUGUAUAUGGUGUCGUCUCAGAUGGUGUACUGUGGCAGUUUCUGAGGUUAAAUGGCAACCUUCUACAACUUUCGGGCCCUUUUGUCAUCCUUUCUCCUGCCGCGUGCGUCGCUAUCAACCAGUUUCUUGAUUAUAUUCGGAACUCUCCAGCAACGAAGGGAAUGGGAGAUUUCCUAGCUAAGAAAGAUGAUAGCCUUGAAGGUAUCGAAGAGUUCGAGAUUCUUCGUCCUACGCCUUUUGAGGUAAAGCUGGCUCCCAUUAGACCAGCAGCUUCUUCUCUGGCACAGAGUCACUCUGACUCUAAUGAAUCUGGAACAGGUAUCAAGGGAAAACACUGCAGUCAACUAACCUGA